AUGAAGACGAAAAGCGCCUCAAAUGAAGUACACGUCGCCGUCGUGCAGGCGGAGCCCGUGUGGCUCAAUCUAGAGGCCACAACCAAGAAAACAUGUCAACUUGUUGCCGAAGCAGCCAAGAACAAUGCCAAAGUCAUCGCGUUCCCAGAAUGCUGGCUUCCAGGGUAUCCCGCUUGGAUCUGGAGUCGCCCCGUCGACUUUGAGUUAUCGCCAGAAUACAUGCGAAAUUCCCUCCGAGUCGAUUCUCCCGAGAUGAUCCAGAUCCAACAGUGCGCGGCCGACCACGACAUUGUGAUUGUGCUCGGGUUCUCGGAAAAUCACCACGAUACUCUAUACAUAUCUCAAGCAAUUAUUGGAAAUGAUGGAAAGAUCCUCUUGACUCGCAGGAAGAUUAAAGCGACGCAUAUGGAGAGAACCAUCUUCGGCGAGCCCAGCGCUGAAUGUCUCAACAGCGUGGUGGACACGCCGGUUGCGAGGAUCGGCGCCUUGUCCUGCUGGGAGCACCUCCAACCGCUUCUAAAGUAUCAUACCUAUAACCAAAGAGAGCAAAUUCACGUUGCCGCAUGGCCGCCGCUAUUCCAACACGAUGGAGGCCCUGAACUCUGGUCCAUGGGAGCAGAAGGUGCCCAAGCGCUUGCCAGGGUAUACGCCAUUGAGUCGUCAUCUUUUGUACUACAUGCCACAGCUGUCAUCUCGCAACCAUCGAUCGAUUUUUUGAGAACUGCAGGCAAUCCGUUCGGCACACCUGGAGGCGGAUCGUCGGCCAUAUUUGGGCCGGACGGCCGCAAGAUCUCCACGGAUUUACCAGAGACAGAUGAAGGGCUGAUUUAUGCCACUUUGAAUAUGCACGAGAUCCACAAGGUCAAGGGAUUUGUCGAUGUCUGUGGGCAUUACAGUCGUCCAGAUGUUCUGUGGUUGGGAGUGGAUGAUGUGAAGAAGACGCACGUUCGAUAG